ACACUCCCACAUCUACAACCUCCUUCGGCGCGUCUUCUCUCUCCUCUGUGAUUCAUCUUGCAAACUAGCCAUCAUGGUUUCCCAUAAGGAGUUUGAGGGUGCAGGGAAGCAGCCGGGCCUGCAGAUUUGGCGUAUCGAGAACAUGGACCUGAAGCUGGUUCCUAAGGCCCUGCAUGGCAGCUUCUACACCGGGGACGCCUACAUACUGCUCUUCACCACCGCCGCCCCUUCAUACAACGUACACAUGUGGCUGGGGGACGAGUGCUCACAGGAUGAGAGUGGAGCAGCGGCCAUCUUUUCCACACAGCUGGAUGACUUCCUGGGUGGUGGGCCGGUGCAGUACAGAGAGCUGCAGAACUCUGAGUCCAACACCUUUCUGGGAUACUUCAAGUCAGGAGUCAAGUACCAGGUACGCUUCAGCAAAGACAACUUUGGACUAGAGGCUUCGCUAUCUGGAUGAAAAUACUCUCCAGCA